AUGACGCACAGUAGCGGCGGAGAUGAUCAGCACCGCUGGCUCUGAACGUGUCGCCGCGUUUCCCCAUAAACACCGACAAAUAUACAUUCGUGGAGUUAUGUAAUUGUGGCAGUAAAUAUCGAAGAAGACGACAUGACGGCACUUCUACAUUAUUUCGAAACGCAAACCGCCUCAUCUCGUUCUCAUUGAGGAAGGAUACGGCUGCGCGUCGUCGUCAGGAACCGUCCGGGAGAUGGACGGGGGGACUGCGGAAACCGGGAAUGACGGAAGGACGAGUGAGGAAGCGGCCGCCGGCCUCUGUCUCCACCUUGACCUGGGGGACACCGAUUCAGCCAAGAAGGUUCAGAUAACAGAGAUGCCGUCCCCAUUUGGAGGCCCGGGCCAUGAGAAAAAGAUCGGCCACAGGAGGGUUGAUGCCUCCGGAGAGACAACAUACAAGAAGACUACCUCCUCUGCCUUGCAAGGGGCCAUCCAGCUGGGUAUUGGAUACACUGUGGGCAACCUCAGCUCAAAGCCUGAGAGAGAUGUGCUGAUGCAGGACUUUUAUGUGGUGGAAAGCAUCUUUUUCCCCAGUGAAGGCAGUAACCUCACUCCAGCCCACCACUACCCGGACUUCAGGUUUAAAACCUACGCCCCUGUGGCCUUCCGCUACUUCCGAGAGCUGUUUGGGAUCCGGCCAGAUGACUACCUGUAUUCUCUAUGUAAUGAGCAACUGAUCGAGUUGACCAAUCCAGGAGCUAGUGGCUCCAUUUUCUACGUUACCCGCGAUGAUGAGUUCAUCAUCAAAACUGUUAUGCACAAAGAAGCAGAGUUUUUACAGAAACUCCUUCCUGGAUACUAUAUGAACUUGAACCAGAACCCUCGGACUUUGCUGCCAAAGUUUUUUGGCCUCUACUGUGUCCAGUGCGGGGGCAAGAACAUCAGAGUUGUUGUGAUGAACAAUAUUUUACCGCGCUCUGUACGCAUGCACCUCAAGUUUGAUCUAAAGGGCUCCACGUACAAGAGGCGAGCAUCCAAGAAGGAAAAAGAGAAGUCCAAACCCACUUUUAAAGACCUGGACUUUUUGAGUGACGUUCCUGAAGGCCUCACUCUGGACCAGGACACAUACAGUGCUCUGCUCAAAACUCUGCAGAGAGACUGUCUGGUUCUGGAAAGUUUUAAGAUCAUGGACUACAGUUUGCUGCUUGGGGUCCACAACAAGACCCAAGCAGAGCGAGAGCACCAGCCUCAGGGCUCACCGCCAGGAGGUGGGGAUGAAAAGAAGCGCGCGGCUCAGAGAGCCUUGUAUUCCACCGCCAUGGAGUCUAUUCAGGGAGGCUCUACAUGCAGGGACACACUGGAUCAUGAUGAUACUAUGGGUGGUAUUCCAGCAAGGGGUAGUAAAGGAGAGCGCCUCCUGCUGUUCAUUGGAAUCAUUGACAUCCUGCAGUCCUACAGGAUGAUCAAGAAACUGGAGCACUCUUGGAAGUCUCUCAUCCAUGACGGGGACACAGUGUCAGUUCACCGACCUGGUUUCUAUGCUGAGAGGUUCUUCAAAUUCUGCAGCACCACAGUCUUCAGGAAGAGCAGCUCAUUGAGAUCGUCUCCAUCUAAGAGAGGACGAGGGGCUCUCAUGUCCAAGUCCAGUGCUGGUUCCACUGGGCAGCGUCCCUCACUUACUGAUGAGAGGCAGGAAAACCUGGACAACUUGGAGAACCUACGAGGAGCCCGCAGCUUCCCCAUGCUGGAAGACAAUGGGAGAGAGCCCCCCUGCACUCCUCCUUCCUUUGAAGAUGCUACCACAGCUUCUAUCGCCACCACGCUCUCCUCUAACAACUCCUUACCCACCACCCCCUUCGAUACACCAGAGCACCCACGCUACAGGAGACAAAUGCUUUCCCCGAGUGUGGCCAGAGCACAGAGAGAGGUAGUUGAGGUUCAUGGGGAAAAGCAGGACACCAUUACAGUGGAGGUGGAGCUCAGUAAAAUCCCAAAGAGCACGGAGCUCACACAGAUGACAGGAAUGACCUCUCCCAGCCAUCUGUCACCUGAUCAUCAGCCUCAUGCCAUCCCUCCAUCCACCCCUCCCUCUCUCAGUCCAUCCUCUGCACAUUCCUCCUCCACUCUUCCUCCUUCCACUGUGCCCUCCUCCUCCGCUGCUCCUUCAACCGGCCAAUCAUCCUCCACACUUUCUUCAUCCAUCCGUCCGUCCACCAAACCACUCACCUCUCCUACCACUGCUCAGUCUUCCGCUCAUUCUUCUCCAAUCUCUCCGUCAGCUGUGCAAUCCACACUUCCCACUUCAGCUCUGAACACCUCCACCCUCCCACCUGGCUCAGCAUUUACUCCCAUCUGCCCUGCGACUUCUCACUCCUCCACCCAGAGCUCCUCUCACCAUCUCCCCUCGACCCCUCCCGCCUCCCACCCUCCGAGCCCCCAGGUGCCUCAGCAGGCGCCGCGCCCAGCGUGCAAUCAGCUGUCUGUGUCCAGCAGCCACAACUCACUGGAUGGCGAGGUGCAGGUGUCUGACAUCUACUUUCAGAGUCAGGAGGAUCGGGGCUGGGUGUACUCUCCUCUGCACUACGAGUCCAGACGGGGCUCAGAUGGGGAGAGUGAGACAUAACUCACAGUGGAGACAGCAGUGAUGGGUGGAGCCAGAGGCUGUCUCCAUAUACAGAAGCUGUGAGGUUUUAAUAACAAAGCCACCAGGACAUUAUGAGAAUUAAUGCUGGCUGGCCAAACUGCAUGUGGAGGCUUGCUUUGCCAACUGAGACUGAAGGAAUGAACUUCGAAGCAUUCAAGUAUACAACAAUACAAUCAUUCAUGCACCCACAUACAUUCAAACAAAAAUAUGACUCAAAAUAUUAUGCAAAAAUAAAUCAUAAAGCAUCAAUUCCUGGACGAUCUGACUGACAUCAAGCGGAGAAAUGAAGUUAAAUCAAGCGGUACAAUCAGCUGAGUGGCACUGUGAAUGGCAUUGUUGCAGCCCUGCUGCCGGCUGCCGAGGGUUUUAGUGUUCAUGAGUCACGCUGCACUGUGCCAGCUCUGGCUAUGCAAUAUGGACAUAUAUACGUGUUAUUGACUUCUCUUUUUGACUAAUGCAUAAACUUCAGAAUUUAUUCAUGCAGUUAUUUUUCACUAGGGGCAUGUCAAAGCUGUAUAUAAUUUUAUUUUAGCACUUUAUCAAUGUACAUGUGGCUGGAAUCGUAUAUAUAUGUUUUAAUAUUUUGUCAGCAGUUAUUGUUUGAAAUCACUCAGUUAAAUGUUUGUAUACACAGUGUUCUGUUUGUCCAGCAGUGUGUGGUGGUCCACAUAUCUAACAAUGAAUGGUUGUGUUCAAAAUGCCUUAUUGACAAACUCUUAUUUUCAUAACUUUUUUUGAUAUUUCGGUCACAUGGAAAAACAACUAAUAUAUACAUAUAUAAAACUUAAAACAGAGUAUUUUAUCGUUUUAUUGUGUGUAAAUCUUGGAAGCAGAGUUAAAACAAGAGAGCAACCAUGCAUUUACAUGUUUUCAGGAUUUAGAACCGAGAUAUGAAAAGACAAAUUGAAAAAAAAAAUCGAAUUAUCUUUUGUAAAGUGUAGAUAAAGUGUGUGUGCUCAAGCACAUGCAUGUAAGUCUGUACGUGCCCUUAUGUCUCUGUGUGUGCAUGUGUUUGCAUGCAUAUUGAUGUGUGAUUGGGAGACAUGUUUCUGUCCUGCCUAUUUGUCAAAUCGUCAAAAGGUGUAACCUCCCAUUUGUUGUUAUAAGACCCAAAAGAAAGUCUAAACCAGCUAUAAGCAUGUUGGCUGUGUGAGAAAAAGGAAAACAACCAUGAACGACCAAAUUAAACAAACUGAGCUUAACUGAAAUAACCUCAGAUUUUUAUUCAAUUAUGUAAGAAAAUGUAUGUACUGUUGUCGCAGGCAGUAGUACCCUCCUCCUUCCAUACAUGGCGAGACUUGACCAUAAUUAGACUUCCUGACUGUGUCGAUAAGCACUGCUGUAACAUAUUACUGUUAUUUGAGUCUGCUGAAGACAACCUGCCUGUUUGAAGGCAACAGUGUUCGUAGCUUAUCACUGUGUAAAAGAAAAUAAAAAUUAUAUUGUGUA